UUGCCAUUCAGUCUUUUGUUUGACGUGAGACAGUCAUAAAUUCUAUUUGUAAGCAAAACGAUGAAGUGGAUUGUAAUUUUUGCAAUUUUAAUUGCUGUAGCUUAUGGGAUUCCCAGGACAGCUCCAGACUUUAGUGAUCGUAUUCAGCAGAACUUGAGGUCAAAGUUUAGAGGCAGAAUUGUUGGUGGAACUCCAGCUGAUAUUUCCAGUUUUCCACACAUGCUUGCUCUGUAUGACCUCUCGUCCACUGGAUUCAUUUGCGGUGCAUCGAUUAUUGCUGAAAGAUGGGCUCUUAGUGCUGCUCACUGCCUUUACUUUAGAGUAGAUCCAUCGUUAAUCAACCUUCGUGGCGGUUCCACUUAUCAUGCAUCAGGUGGAAUCAUAUUCUAUACAGAAUCUUAUACACUUCAUCCUCAGUAUAAGCAUUCAUUGAAGGAAUUUGAUAUCGCAAUUAUUCACACUAGGGAGAGCUCACUAAUGAGAGGAACAAACAUUCAAGCUAUUCCAUUGCCAGGCAUCUGUCAAACUGACUGUUGUCUAACAUGUCCACCAGAUCAGGUCACAACUACUGGAUGGGGUAAAAAUGCAGUCGGUUCAUUUCCACAAAAUCUAUUCCAAAUCACACUUCCAAUUGUCGAUCGUCAAAGCUGCAGUGCUAGUUGGAAUGGAAUUGGUCAAAUGUUCUUUUGCGUUCAAAACUUAGUCGGCAAGGACUCAUGUUCUGGUGAUAGUGGCUCACCAAUUGUUAAGAAGAUUGGAACUCAAAUGGUGCAGAUUGGAAUUGUAAGCUUUGGAACUACGGUUUGUGGUGAUGGAACCAAGCCAAGUGUAGCUACUCGAGUUGAAUUGCCUGAAAUUCGCAACUGGAUCACAACAAUGUCGGGAAUUUAAACAGAAUGUGAUAAAAUUAAUUGCAAACUUAAUGAAAUUUCCUCAAAAAAACUCAUAAAUUAUCCCGAAAAAAAUUAAUAAAAAUCCUCCUUAAUGUAAAAAUUCCAUCAAAAGAUGAGCACAAG